UUAGUACGAACGACACAAAACCAAACUUUUAACCAAAGGAACAAAGGAUAUACACACAUAUAUGCAGCCAUAGGAAUGAUAAUUACUCUCGAAAUGUCUGAAGACACGAUUGAUGAAAGGUUAUCAGAAGAAAUCGAAGCUCUUUGUGCUAUUUUGCUGGACAAUGAGUUCAAAGUACAAAAGAAUGAUCGGGGUUUCCCAGAUACUAUUGAGAUCCAGAUUUUUCCGUCAACGGGAGAAGAUCCACAGUCACAAUAUGUUUGUAUAACUCUCAUUGUGCAUCUUGUAUCUGAUUAUCCAGAUGUACCACCUAAAAUUUCAUUAAAAAACCCUCGAGGUUUGGAUGAAAGUACAUUGAAAAUAAUCCAAAAAGAAUUAGAAGUUAAGUGCCAAAAAUUUUCAGGUCAACCCGUGGUCUUUGAAUUGAUAGAGUUAGUUCGUGAACAUUUGACUCAAAAAAAUUUACCAACAGGGCAAUGUGUUGUAUGCUUAUACGGUUUUCGUGAUGGCGAUAAAUUCACAAAAACUGAGUGUUAUCACUAUUUUCAUUCCCAUUGUUUAGCGGCUCAUAUUAUUGCUUCUGAACGUUAUUAUCGAGAAGAGUUAGAUAAAUUACCUCAGUGGCAGCAGGAUAUCGCCAAGGAGUUCAAGGUUCUGAUCGAGAAUGCCCGUUGCAUAGGAGUUCUACCAAAAAAUUUAAUUGAUGAGCAAAAAGAAGCUUACUGUAUGGAUAUUGACAUUGAUCGUGGUAUUGAAGAUCGUUUAAAGGAAAAAAAGAAGAAACAUCGGAGCGGAAGUCUCACUCGUAAGAUUUUUUAA